UGACAGUGGUGGUGGGGCUCCCAAGCUUUGUCCCAAGUUCGAGAAACGCAGGCUUUCUGUCUGGGUACAUUGUACGAGAACCGGGCAACUAAAUUGUUUCGUAACCAGACGGUAUGCACGCUACCGGCUGUUUUUUCUUUAACUAAAACCGUCUUUUCGCGUGAGCUAAAAUAGAAGACUAUUUCAUCUGAAUUAACUCGAACGAAAUAUUUUCAAUUGCCAUGCACUAAAACGCGGAUAAAAAAAAUCAAUGCGAAGCGUUGUUCAACACUAUUCCGCUCAUUUGCGUUCUUCGAAAAGGCCCGCAAAAGGAACGCAAAAGCUCGUAAUGAAACGAAUCAGUGAAAUUAUCUUUUAACAACACAAUGUUUUUUAACUUCGACAAAAGUGACUUCUUUUGAAAUUGAAAUGCAAUCAAUUUCAUUCUCUCGAACAGAAAUAAGAAAUUAAACAUUGAAUUUCUUUUCUCUUGCCUCAAAAACAAAACAAAACAAAACAACAAUGUAUCUGCAAAGCAUUGCUAAUGCUUUAAGUAUUAUCACCAUAGCUUCGUGCUUUAUACUUAAAGUGCCACAAAUUAUAAAUUUAAUUAAAUUGAAAACAGCAGUUGGGAUAUCAAUGUUGAGCUUACUUUUAGAGUUGACAAGUUACACUGUGAUGACUAGCUACAAUUACACAAAUGGAUACUCAAUUCUUUCCUACAUGGAAUACCCUGUGAUACUUGCUCAAGAAUUCGUCCUGAUAUAUUUUGUUCUGAAAUAUUUGAAUCAAUUGAAUACACGCUCACUAACAGCUGCUAUUUUUUAUUUCAUCUUGAGCGCUUGCCUAGUCUUUCAAGUAAUACCAAAAAUGAUACUCACGUUCAUGGCAUCUAUCUGUACACCAAUAUCGGCAUCAAGUAAAGUAAUCCAAUUGCUGGCAAUUUUGAGGGCCAAAAAUGCUGAUUCCGUGUCUCCAUUGACCUGGCUCAUCUCUGCUUUUACAAAUCUGACAAGAGUGUUUACGAUAUGGAUGGAUUCAGCGGAUCUUCUUCUUCUAGGCAAUUUCAUUAUUUCAGUUACACUGAGCUCGAGUAUUAUGUUCACAGCUCUUUACUACAAGUCACGAGCCAAACGCGAAUGAAAAUUCACUUUAAGUAACUCAAAUAUAAGACGACGUGUGGGUGGUAAAGGAAAUGUUAUUUUUACGUAUGAGGGGUACGCACGUCGUGUAGCUUACGUUUAUUUAUAGACGACAAAAGUGACAGAAACCUGUCUUCAUACUCAUGUAAAUAAAAGAUAUAUUCUAACGUAUAAUUAUUUUUAAGUAUAGAAAAAUAAUUCUGAAAGAUCAAUGCUCUGAAAAUACAAAGACGAUUUAUCAUUAUGAAUAAGCCAGAGUAAAAUUAAGGGAGUUGUUUUCUCGACCACACUACAAAAUUUAUGAAAGAAAUCCAUGUAAAAAAUUUUUGUAUGGUUCCGACCUUGAUAUCGUGACUGAAUUUCACUGCUCUAAUCAAUUUAGAAAUCCAAUCUUUCAAACAAAAAAUUUCGUGGAUAGAAGAUGCAAGAGUUGCCAUCAAUAAUAAUUGACAGUCUGGAAUAAACGUAUUUUGAGAUUAUCAAAGUUAUUGAAAUGAUAAGUAGGUUAUUAUUCCCAUUGAGAUUUAAAAUAUUUUUUGAGCCAUUCUUCAAUCUUGAGUAUGAACGAACGUCUUGCUUUGCCUGAUUGGAAACGUUCUCUCUAAUACUUGGCACCAAGACACUACCACGUCUCUCGAUCGUUCGCUAAUUUUGUAGUGUUAUGAUCAUUAUUAAUGGAAACGACAUAUAGACAGUUUAGAAUUCAAAACGUUCUCCAAUUGUUAGAUAUAUUGACGUAUUCGUUGAUAUAAUAUUUUUUUAAGUUUAGGUCAAAGAAAAUGUCAGCAAUAAAAAGAAUUGUGAGUUUAUA